AGCCAGUCCUGACUUGAUGUACGUUGCCGGUGUUUUUGCUGGUGUUUUUAUUUCCAACUAGCAAUGGCGGCUUCUUUGUUCCAGAUCUGCAGGGUGCUUUGCAUCACAGUGGUCAUCUUGCCGGUAGUCACAGGUGUGAAUGCCACAAGAAACUUCAGUGACCCUCAGAAUGAGUCUUCACUGAACAUGACACACACACGCUUCAUUGCUGCAAGGUGGGGCAGCAAAGUUACCUUCAGUUGCCCUUCUGGGACAAAUUUGGUCAAAAAGGUUGCAGAGAACAAGAACUGGACAGAAGAGGAAUUGAAGAAGGAGCCCAGAAUCAAUAUUACAAACAAUUCAACAUUUAAAGUAAUAAAGAUAACAAAACUCCAGUAUGCCGACAGUGGCAUCUAUUUCUGUAAGAGUGCUAAGGAGGAGGAGAAGAAGUGCUGUGGCACUGAGCUGAGAGUAAUGGGUGUCAGCUCCUUUGAACAAGUGAAGAAUCGAAAUAACCUGAAAGAUACCAUAAUCUUGAUCCAGACCAUUCUUCUUGUUCUAUUUGUGAGCAUCCCUGUGUUCCUAACUUUGGGAAAGGGUGACGGGAGGGAUAUGUCUGCUGAGGACCACACUUAUGAGGGCUUGACAGUUGAACUAGCCGAUACAUAUGAAGACAUUGGUAACUACCAGGACAAAACAGAGAAGUGGGACCUUGGGGAGCAUCCCUGUGAGGAGUGAAAAGUUUCACAACUGUCCCAGCAGUGCUUGACCUUACUGGCUUGACCAAUGGGGCCAGAGCUCUGACCGGCAUGUCCCAGUGUGAAAUUCCCUUUGACUGCUGCAAGACACCUCCCAUAUCUUGGAGACACUGGGGGAAUUUGAUGUAUCUACCGCUUGCUUGCCAUCUCUAUCAUCAGCUGAACUAUUAGAACAAAAUGCACUGCACACCAGAUUCUCUGGGUCUUGAAGUUAUUCAUAGGAGUAAGGGGAAGACUGAAAUGGCUUGCAAAAACUUGCCACUUCCAAAUUUGAAUGGUUCCCCCAUCCUGCUAUUCUCAGUUAUGGAAGCUCUUUGGAUUUAGGAUCUGUUUAGGAAAGCUAGAUAUAGAAGCAUUGGCCUUUGGCAAACUGAUUUCUAGCCUUAAUGCUUUAAAAUUCACCAGCAAGGCUUCAGAGAUAGGGCAGACGCUACUUUGAGCUUUUACUCAGUCCUUUGUUUUUGCAGUAGGGGUGUACAGAACCUGUUCAACUUGAACCGAGUUACAGUAGAUUCAAACUGACCUGGUUUGACCAAUUCAAACUUGAACCGGACUGGCCUAAAAAAAGGGUGGCUGGUCUGAGUUUGAACCGAACUGAGCCUGGUCCAUUGUGGACCAAUUCAUCCCUUAUGUGGAGCGGUUAUGUCCUUGAAAGUCAGGUGCUAUUGAGGCAUUAUCCCAUGUGUUAUUAUACUGUAGUUUCUACAGGGACUUUUGUUAUUAAUUAAUAGUACAUUCAUGGCUGACUAGCAAUGAGAUGAGCUUGGCAAGACCAGAUACUACUAUUAUGGAUAUACUGCUCUUCAACCAAAGUUCUCAAAAUGGUUUACAUAGAAAAAUAAAUAAUACAUGAAUAAGAUGGCUCCCUGUCCCCAAAGGGUUCACAAACUAAAAAAGGAAAUUAAGGCAGAUACCAGCAACAGCCACUGGAGGGAUGCUGUGCUGGGUCUGGAUAGGGCACCUCUUAGCAAAUUACCCUGGCCGCCCAGAUGAAUUGUAUGUUAGCUGUUUCUUAUCUGAUAGCAAUGACAAAAUUACUCAUGCAGUCGCUAAGUUUUGCCUUGUUGCUAUUAGAAUUUGAAGUUAGAGUUUAUCUGUAUAGCUAGAUUUUAUAAGGUUCACGAAUACCUGGAUUCCUUUAUUGUUUCUGUUCAAGCUGUAUGUAUAUAUUUUUCUGUUCAGCAACCAAAAACACACAGGACUGAGCUGAAAUUGUGAACCAGUUUGAACCAGAUUGAUGGUUCAAGGGGCUAUGCUUGUAAAGGGGAAUCCAGUGAGGAUUCCUUUUUACAAGCAAAAGGGAAUCCUGCCUUUAAAAGGCUUCUUAAGGCAGCCAGUGGGGGGGACGGAAGAGGGCACCUUAUCACUGCUGCUGCCGGCUCCUCUGCUGCUCUGGCUCCUGUGCUGUGUGCGCACACACACACCAGCACAGCCCGCACAGCAUUGGUGCACAUGCUAGGCUGCACUGCUAUGGUGGAGUGCCAGGGUUUAGAGGAGCUGGAACAGCAGUAAGAUGCCCUCUUGCUGCCACCCCGGUCACUCUAAGAAGCACUUUAAGGGCAGGAUUCCCCUUUGCUUUACAAGCUUAGCCCCUCAGACCGUCAAACCAGGUUGACCCGGUUCAAUCAAACAGACUGGACUGUUUGACCGAACCAGUUCACAGCCUGGUGAUUCGGUUCGAAUUCAGUCUGAAUUUGAACUGAACCACAAGAAAUGGUUCCAUGCACACCCCUAUUUUGUAGCUCUGUUUCAUCUCAGUAAAAUUUGUGUGAGAACUUCUCAGUGGAUUGUGUCCCUGAUUGUUUCAAGAGAGGAGAAUUUCAAAAUUAAAAAACUUUUCAAAAUUAAAAAAGAAUUCUAAUACUGUUUUUUCCGUGAAAUUUUGAAUUAAUGCAUAUAUUCAUUUCAGCUCUCGAGCCAAUUUUAUUUUU